AUGGUUGGCUUUACCAAUUUCGUAAUUGCUCUCACCGGCAUUGCUGGAUCCUUUGCAAUGCCUACGGGUCUGGGUCCCUCUGAAAGCAGUGUGAACAUUACGGAGCGUGGCAUCUAUGACUUUGUUCUUGGGCCACACAAUAACAUUCGCCGUCGCGCAAGCAUCAACUACGACCAAAACUACCAGACUGGCGGACAAGUCACCUAUUCUCCCUCUGGGACUGGGUUUUCGGUUAAUUGGAAUACUCAAGAUGACUUCGUCGUUGGAGUUGGCUGGACAGUCGGAUCCUCUUCACCUAUCAAUUUCAGCGGUUCCUUUGGUGUCAACAGCGGAACUGGCAUGCUUUCCGUCUAUGGCUGGAGCACAAACCCGCUUGUUGAGUAUUACAUUAUGGAAGAUAACACCAAUUACCCCGCACAAGGCACCGUGAAGGGAACUGUCACCAGUGAUGGAGCCACUUACACAAUCUACGAGAACACUCGUGUCAAUGAGCCUUCUAUCCAAGGCACCGCGACCUUUAAUCAGUAUAUUUCAGUGCGAAAUUCUGCUAGGACCAGUGGCACCGUCACAGUCCAGAAUCACUUCAACGCUUGGGCUUCUCAUGGAAUGAACCUCGGCGCUAUGAACUACCAAGUUGUUGCCGUUGAAGGCUGGGGUGGCAGUGGCUCUGCCUCGCAGAGCGUCAGCAACUAA